UGUGCGUACCUCGCCUUCGAGCAGGUGAUCGAGAGCGGACACAUACAGGGCGUUGCAACGCGCCGGACGUUGUUGUGUGCAUCAGCUGUGCUGUGCAGGUACCACCAGUGGAGGAUAGGAUAGAAAGUUUGCGGAUCUUAUCAUACACAAAGAUAUACCUUCGAAUAAUCAUCUCUUGUAAUCGCAAACUAAGCCCCAGGUACGGCUAUAUUUUCCUAUAUCGAUAACAAUUCGUAGACCUAGUGCAUCGACCUUAGUUCAUAUGCGAUAAAGACACAUUCCGCCGUAAUUAUAUCUAAAUUAGCGUGAGGUGAAAGAAAGACAAACAAACUAAAUGUGACCUGUGAGAUGUUCGAUACCUGCCAUACGUUGAAUGGCGGACCCAAGUGCACCGAGGUAGCCGAGAAGAUAGUGUCGCUGUUCGGCUGGAGGCAGACCUACAACGUCGAGAAGCUCCAGAGGAAUGUGCCGGGCAGGGCAACCACCAGGAUAUCCAUCACGAGACCCUCCCCCAACAGGGAGAAGCCGCCCGACGGAAAGGGUGCCGACUCCUGGGUGUCCGUCCAUAACUUACAGUCCCAAGGAGGGGGUAUCUUAGACCCUGAUGAUCGACUAAGCGACGUAGCCGACGACAGGGAGCAGAUCCUAGCUAGUUUCGAAGAUGGGGAAGGAGCCCAUCUCCAUGGAGGUGGGGACGGAGCUAGUGGAAGCUCCGUGGGGACGGGAAGUCCAGAUAUUUUUCAUGACGGCGAGCACAAGUACGGCCCCAAUUACCCCCCUCGAACGGACAUCGAGGUGACCGGCGAACAGAUAGCCUCAGGGGUGCCUCUUUUGCAGGUGCGCAGGGGCAGCGAGCCCACCCUCAACCAGUUACCCGCGGGACCUCCGGCCGCCCCCGAACACACGAAAAGAUGGAGCGCGGCCCCCCUCAUUCUGGAGCCUCCCAGCUCGGGUUACGCCAGUCCGGAUUGGAUGGAAGACUCCAGGGAGGAAGAAGAGGAGCCCGGGUUCAGAAGGGUGGCGCGGGAUGGCAGCAACAGGCUGUCCAUGCAGUUCCUGGGGGCCGACGGUGCUGGUUAUCGUUGGGCCGAGGCUGCAGAACGCGCCGCCACCGCCAGGAGCCACGUAAGCACGUCCCUGCCUAGAGAAAGUCGUCGCAAAGAACCUUUGGGUCAAGCCAACAACUCCACGAGUCCAUUACCUUCUUCAGCAGACGGUGGUGAAUUGAUAGUGAUUCGAAACGAACCCGGACCCUUGGGCAUUCAUGUGAUACCCGACUAUGACACUUUGGGGCGCGAGAGGGGGUUAUUGGUGAAGGGAAUCGAACCUGGGGGACGUAUCGAUAGGGAUGGGAGAUUGGCGAUAUACGAUCGCGUUAUAGAGAUCAACGGAGAAAACCUCAUCAACAUGCCUUUCCAAAGAUUAAAUUUUAGGGUGCAAGAACUGUUCAAACUUUCCCUUACUUCGCCCGAACUAAGACUGAAAGUUAUCAAGGCCUCUGGCCUGGAAGGUCUUCGGAAACCUCCGCCCCCCAUAUACCCCUGUUUUCCGGAAGACAAAGAGAAAGUGUCGAUGGUAGAAUGCGAGCAAAAACAAAGUACAAAUACGAAGGUAGCUACGGUGUCGCCCACCAAAAAGGUACCUGCGAUAUCGAAGAACCUCAAAGGACUUCUGACGGCUAACACUAGGAAGAUCGGGAGGAAAAUUGAGAUAGAAUUAGUGAAAGGACCGCACGGUUUAGGGUUUAGUAUUACCACAAGAGACAAUCCGGCUGGUGGAAAGUGCCCUAUUUACAUAAAAAAUAUUAAUGCAGUGGGCCCUGCUAUCGAAGACGGGAGGCUGAGGAUAGGAGAUCGUUUAUUGGAAGUGAACAACGCGGAGAUGACAGGGAAAAGCCAAGCCGAGGCUGUAGCGCUGCUGAAGAGUUUGCCUCUGGGGAGCAAAGUUAGAAUCGUGGUUUCCAGACAGGAAGACGUUGUGGACACUAAUUUACCCAGAAUAAUUGAUGUCGAACAUAGCAAUGAACGAGAAGUAGACCGUUCAACUGACAAUUCAAACAUCGACGUACCCCCAAACAUUCCACCGCUGCCUCAGAGCCACCUGCAGGCCCUGCAGAACAGAACCCCCGACAAGGGUUCUGUCGCCAAAAUUAUUUCACAGUUCCAAGAGGCGGUGAACAACAACAGUCCCCUGGAUCAGAUGGAGGAGAGCAUGGUCUUUCCGUGGAAGCACCGAGAAAUCCUUACGUUUAACAUCCCCGUGCACGAUUCCGAGAAAGCCGGUCUCGGCAUCAGCGUGAAAGGGAAAACCAGUGGUUCCAAAGACCUCGGCAUAUUUAUAAAAGGUGUAAUGUUUGGUGGCGCAGCUUCGAGAGAUAAUAGGCUGCGCACCAACGAUCAAUUACUCAACGUCAACGGGAUAUCUUUACUACAGAUGUCGAACAGCGACGCCAUGGAGACUCUAAAGAAUGCCAUCCCGCACACCGAAGGUCCCGUUCCGGGGCAUAUUACGCUUACGAUAGCUAGGAAAGCUUCUUCGCCGGGUUCUAACCGGAAUUACCGCAACAAAUCAAGCGAUAAUUUACUAAUAACUUCUAAUUCGGCUAGUGAACUGUACCAAUCGCAAGACAAAAGCGACUCUGUAGAUAAUUCCGGCGCUAGUGGUGGGUCCACCAACACCGUAAUAUUUAACCCUCAAGGGGGGUUGGGAAACGUAUCGGACUGCAAGUCUCCGUCCAACCAACUAAGUCCAAUGCAUACCUGGAAUCCCGUCUUAGAAAGGCUCACUGGCAACACUAAGCAGCUAAGGAAUGAAAGUUACUGUAAGGCUACCCAUGAUACUUGGACCAGUAGUAUGUUGGGAAACAGUUCUUUUGGUAAUUUGACCAGCACCACUGUAAAUAUGACGAAUGUGGAACCAAUUUUGAUUGAAGAUGAAUAUGGCUCCAGGGUUGUACCACAUCAAAAUCAACAAAUAAAUGUUCAUAUAACGAAUAAAAUGAGCUUGUCCAAUAGCGCCGUUCCGGAGAACCGGAACGAUCACGAGCCCGACGGAAAGGCUAGCCUCUCGGGCAGCAAUGGCGACAAGAGCACCGACACUUCCUCUCAGACCACAAUACAGGCCAACGACGCCACUUAUGCCAGUCAGCUGUCUCUGGAAAACCCCCAGGGUUUUAGCAGAGACGCUUUCGGCAGGCAGAGUAUGUCGGAGAAACGCCAUGCUACGUUAGACGCGAAAAGCACCGAUACCUACCAGAGGUCGAAGAAGAUGCGGGAAGAGAGGAGAAGCAAAGACACUAGUUUAGUGCGCGUUGGGUCGGUGGAAUCUGUCAUUAGCAUAAACCGUUCAGCAGAGCAUCCUGAGUAUGCUGACAAAUUGGGUCAAUUGGGUCCAAGUCUGGGCAUGAAGAAGUCUUCCAGUUUGGAAUCUUUGCAGACCAUGGUCCAAGAGAUCCAAAUGCAAGAAGAAGGUGAUCCUGCGUACAGCUACAGGGGGCCUUCUGGUGCUUUGAAAGUGAUUCGCGGCAGAGGUUGUGAGGAAAGUUUCAGGGCUGCAGUAGUAGAUCCAAAUCAUACUAGUGAAAUAGGAGCAAAGAAGCAUUGGUUGUUAGACGGACCGAUGGAAAACGAACGGGAAAUCGAUGGCUUCAAUAACGUAAGGGGAGCCCCACGGCAAUCAUCACUUAACGCAGCUUUAGAUAGUAAAAUUAAGUCGUCGAAGAAAAAACCAGGCAUACUCAAAGGAAUCGGUUCAAUGUUCAGAUUUGGCAAACAUCGUAAAAUGGAGUUUGUAAACGCCGAGCCAGUCCAGCACUACCAUCACAGUAAUGAGUUCGAUUCCAAUGCGAACCCUGCACCAUCACAAAAUCCACCGGAAAAUGACACACAACCGCAUCACAAUGACAACCAAAGCCAAGGCAGCCAGUCAGAGAGACUGCAAGAACAGCUGCAACAACCUCCUAGGUAUUCGCCUCAUCAACAGCCGCCGCAAGCAAACUUACAGCAGCAGAACGCUUUGCAACAACAGCAGCAACAGAACGUGCAUCACCAAGCAAAUUCACAUCAGCAACCGGGUGUGCAACAGCAAAUAGCCCACAAACACCAUCACCAAAGUUCACAUCAGCCGCAUAGCAGAGAACAACAGAUUCAGCGAGAAGCUAUAUAUCAGAGGCACGGUUUCGUACAUAGGCACGCCGAGCAGGUGCAGGUUAUUCCUGAGAAUUCUGUAGCUCCUCCUCCAAUUAAAUAUCGGCAGAACUCAUCCGAACAUAGACGGAAUGAGAGGGACUUAAAUAAACUGAGAAUGAAUCAGCAGAGGCACACAUAUUAUCAAAAUGACGAACGUGAUGCCCACGAUCACAGACAGGCGCAUCAGAGAUCAGAUUCGAGGGAUCCCCAGUAUAUUGAGUAUGGCAGGCCCGGCAGCAGGUCGGGUAUCACGGAAUCCAUUCCAUACACUCAUUACGUCAACUACAAGGAACUACAGAGUCAUCUGAGCCGCAAAGAUCCUCUAUCUGAAAGUCAGAUAGUACAGAUGCGUCUGCAGGUUCAGCAGCAAAGGUUAAAGGUGGAGGAGGAAAGUCGGAAACAACACCAGUACCACUCGCAGCGCCAGACGAGGACCGACAACCAACUUCGACCCGUCUCCAACUACUACGAGUAUGAAAGCGUCCAAUCCGUCCUAAACAGCAGAUCGGCCCGCCCAAACGUCUCGCACACCCCCCAACAGCAGCCUCCCCCCAUUUACCAGGAUGCAAAUUCCAACUCUUUGCCCCGUAAUCAACCAGUGGUGCAGGGCAGGCACCCGACGGGCAGAGGUAGCGCCCAUCGCGGUCCAUUCAUAACGCAGGUUACGAUCGGGGAGCAGAACGGGACGAAAGUGUAAAUAUUGUAAGUUAGGUGUUAUAAGUGACUUAAUAAUUUAUCGAGUGUUCAUAAGUUUUUGCAUUGUACGUAUACGUUUAUUGAAUUUAGGCAUUUUUGCCAUUUUUAAUUAUAUAAUAAUAUUAUCCAGUUUUAUUAUGUAUAUA